GGCUCAUCGCACAAACAUUCCUUCCUUCCUUCCUUCUGCCCGCUACUAAACUUCAUAUAUACAUCUAACCACUUGCAUGCAACCACAACACAACUCACAUUCAUUCAUAUCUCUCACUCCAAAUCUUCCUAAAACUUUAAUAUCGCAGUUUCUGCAUCAUGGGUGUCCUUGGAACAAUGGCAAGACAUUUGGACACAAUAAUAGGGCCUGGAGUGAUGCUUCUUUAUCCUCUGUACGCAUCAAUGAGGGCGAUUGAAAGUCCUUCAACCUUAGAUGAUCAACAGUGGCUAACGUAUUGGGUUUUAUACUCCUUCAUAACCCUCUUUGAGCUUUCCACUCAUAGGAUCCUAUGUUGGUUUCCCAUUUGGCCAUACAUGAAGCUUGUAUUUUGCGCAUGGCUGGUACUGCCAAUGUUCAAUGGAGCCGCAUACAUAUAUGAGAAUUUUGUGAGGCAAUACAUAAAGAAUAUUGGAAGCUAUGGAGGUUCCAAUUAUCCUGAGGAGUACAAGAAGGUCCUUCACAUGAUGACCUUGGAUGCAAGGAAAGCAGUUGAACGCUAUAUUGAUAGAUAUGGCGCUGAUGCCUUUGAAAGAGUAAUCAGAGUGGCUGAAAAAGAAGCAAAGAAGCACUGAGCGAUUAUAGAUUUGGAAUGAAGAGAACGUAAACAUGUUGACAUUUGUACUUUCUGUGUGUACUUCAACAUGAAGAAGACGGAGUUUCAGAAUUAUAUAAUUAAGACGGCAAUAAUUAUAAGCUUGGUAUAAGUUUUCUGUGUACCUUCCGUGGUUUAAGAAUGUAAGGGUUUCCAAUCUAGUUGAUUGAUUUGAUAUAUAUUUAACAUUAAAUGACGCUAUUUCCUGAUUUAGUUAAGACAA